CAGAGGAAAGCACUCCCUCACUGUUUGACUCUCUGCUCAUUCUCUUGGUCUUCUUCUGCUUCUUGAGUCUGGAGAGUCUGGACGAUGCACACCAAAGGAAACUCCUGCUGCUGCUCCUUCGAGGACUACAAACUGACCACUGAAUGGCUCCUGAACCAGACGAGUCACCGUCCAAAGGUGGCAGUGAUCUGCGGUUCAGGACUCGGUCUCCUCGCUGACGGAGCUGCCAACAAACAAAUCUUCAGAUACCAGGACAUCCCCAACUUCCCUGUCAGCACAGUCCAGGGACAUGAGGGCUGCCUGGUGUUUGGAACCAUCGAGGACACUCCCUGUGUCUUCAUGCAGGGUCACUUCCACCUGUACGAAGGUUACUCCCUUUGCCAGGUGACCUUCCCUGUGAGGAUCUUUAAGCUGAUGGGGGUGGAGACUGUGCUGGUGACGAAUGCCUCAGGAGGAAUCUGUCCAGACUUUAAGGUCGGUGACAUCAUGAUUAUCAAGGACCACAUCAACCUACCGGGAUUCGCCGGACAACACCCGCUGUGUGGACCCAAUGACGAGCGAUUUGGGAUCCGGUUCCCCUGUAUGUCCGAUGCGUACAGUAAGGAUCUGAGGCGUGUGGCGUUGGACAUUGGCUCAGAGCUCGGAUGCAGUGACUUCAUCAGAGAGGGAGUUUACUGCAUGGUGAGUGGACCCAACUUCGAGACCAUCGCUGAGGCCAGGAUGCUGCUGAUCCUGGGCUGCGACUCUGUGGGUAUGAGCACUGUUCCUGAGGUGACCGUGGCCAAACAUUGUGGACUCAGAGUUAUUGGUUUGUCCCUCAUCACCAACAAGGUGUCUCUGGACUACAGUCGGGAGGAGAAGGUGAACCAUGACGAGGUUCUUGAGAUCAGUAAAAUGAGGGCGGAGGUUCUGCAGAAACUUGUCACCACCCUGAUCAGUCGCUGCCAGCAGCAAAGCAUCAACACCCACUGACAGAACAACACCAGAGUCAACCCCGGCACCACUGUUGACGACUACACCACAGUCCAGCCUCGAGGUGUCAGUGAGCCACUGGUUUGCAGUGAAAUGAGUCUGUAACUGUGUUGUGUGUUUCUGCUGCUGAUGUUUUCCAGCUGUUCACAAUAAAACUCUGUAAAGACUCAGA